AGUCAGAUGUUUUUCUCGUCAUUAAAGGGUUUGAAUCAUCCGGUGGCGACCAACUGAGAGACAAGAAACUGAUUCAUCAUUAAGCACUCGUCCUUCAGUUCAGAGUGAAACGUAACUCAACCGUAGAGCAUUGAGAAGCCGGUGUUUCUGAGACUACAAGAAGGUCCACUAUACAGUAAGAAUGAGAAAAAGGACCAGGAAGAAGUCAUAAUGGUUCUAUGGUGUCUCUAUGUCAUCCUGCUCCUCCCCCUACUAACCUGCUCCAGCCAACCACAGUCCUAUCUACAGUGUGUCAAUGACUUCAUCAGUAACAUCACAUGUGUGUUGAACAACACAUGCAUACCCCCAGACAUGCCGUGCACUCUGCAUGGUGAAUACCCCGGGUUUAAAAGGCAAUGUGAGAUGAAGUCCUUGGCCGGUUUCAACACAACCUUGAGAGGCGGCAGUCUGGUCUUUGAGGGCAAUCCAUUCUUUUGGAAAGAGGAUGAAAUAUCCAUUGUUGUACGGUGUGGACAAGCAGAAGAUUAUGUGAUACAGAUUGAAUACCUGUAUCAACCAUUUAACCACAUUAAAAUGCAUCCCCCUGGCAAGCUGACCGUCAUCAAUGCCUCAAUUGCCUGGACACCAGGAGCUCCCAUUUCAGAAAUGAUAUUCAACUAUGACUUCCAACUACAGUGGAAACAGGAACUACAUCACUGGGAGGAUGCUGUGGAGGUGAACAUAUCAAACAAACAGACAUAUUUUGACCUGGACCCUGAGAUGCUGGAGAGAGGAAGGAGGUACCAGGUCAGAGUCCGGGUUCGAGCCGACCCAGACGAUUACCCAGACUGUCAGUGGAGCGACUGGAGCCCCAGUGCAUCAUGGGUCUCCACUCUGGGCCAGAUGAAGCCAACAGGUAGUCCUGAUGUUCUAGACCAGGACUUUGUGGUGGUCACCGUGGUGGGAGCUGUUGUUGUACUGGUCCUGCUGGUCUCCAUGUUGAUCUGCAAAGGAAAGGUCAAGAAGAUUCUGAAUCCUCCUAUACCAGAUCCAUCCAGGUACUUUGAGGGCCUCAACCUCCAGCACGAUGGAAACUUCAAGGCUUGGCUGGGUCCUUUGUUUGCCCUUGAAUCCAUCAACUCUGCCUCGCACCGUGAAGACAUCUCCCAGGUAGAGAUCACCGACAGCCUGGACAACGUCACCCCCUUGAGGACGGCACCACCACAAGAGAAGAGAUGGGAUAACAGUGGCCACUCCUUCUGCUCCGGCUUCUCCAACUCCAGCUACUUCUUAUCUCAAUGCUCCCAGCCUGGAUCCACCUCCAUCAAGCUGGAACCCUGCUCUGUACACUCCCCUUACGGACCAGUAGGUGGCACUACUGAAAUGAUAGAUGAGUGGAAGGAGGAGAACAGAGGAGAUAGGAUGGAUAGUAAUAGAGGUGUAGGGGGGAAGGCCGAAGAUAUCAGGGGUGGAGGGAAAGAUGGAGAGAUGUUGGGUGGAGGGAAGGAUGGAGAGAUGGGGGGUGGAGGUGUACUUGAAGGCAUCAGUGCAGGUGAAGAUAUCCUCCAGGUUUCUUCUUACGGGCGUGUCGAGAAGCUCCAGGCCGAGCGUCGGGCCCUCAUAAGCCCAGAUUCAGGCAUCGGCAGUGGGGCAGAGGAUCAGGAAAGUCAGGAGAGCGUGGAGGAUGCGGUCGGGCCUAUUGCAUCCACCCCCCAUUUUGUCUCUCAGGACUUCCAUCUUGUUCCGCUUCUUCCUCUUAUCAAUAACAAUAACUUUACAUUCUGCUCCACCCCCUUACCCAUUUCCCUGUCCGCUUUCCCCCAGCUUCCCUUCACCCUACCUGGGUUGGAUAGUGUAGGGGGAAAGGGUACGGAGAUGGGGGUUGGAGGAGGUUCUCUCACAAUGUCUUCCUCCUAUGAACGUGUGGAUAAUCUGCAGCUCCAGGCCCAACUCUUGGCCCCUCAGAGCCCAGAUUCAGGCAUUGGCAGUGGGGGAGAGGAUCAGGAGAGCGUGGGGGAUGAGGUCAGGCCAACUGUGACCCCCUGUAACCAUAUCCCUCUUAUUACCACUAACAAUAUAUUUCCUUUCUGUUCCACUCCCUUACCUAUUCCACUGACCAGUUUACACUUCCCCUUCUCUGGGUUGGGGUUGGCUCCAUCCCUGGGUAUGAGAACCAGUCAUUCAGGCAGGCUGAUCGAGGAGAUGUCUCUCCUGUCUUCUUCAAUGGCAGUAGAGCCCUCUAGUGGCGGCUACAUACCAGUGAAAGAAGCUCAGAGCUGAGCUAUGAAAACAUUUCACCAAGGUCUACGUUUGUAAAAGUCUUGUAAUUCUCCCAAAAUUCCCUGGUUAUCCAGAAAUCCUGGUUGGAGGAAGCCAAGAUGGUAAUCUCCCAACCAGGAUUGAGAAAGUUACUAGAAUAGGGGGUCAAAAGUUUUAGAACACCCACCCAUUCAAGGGUUUUUCUUUAUUCUUACUAUUUUCUACAUUGUAGAAUAAUAGUGAAUACAUCAAAACUA